CAGCUUAUCUUAACUCUGCGGCCGGUGGAGGUGCUACUCUCGUACCCUGGUGCUUGUGUUAACAGACUGGCGAUCGCGUUAACUAAGUUGUAUCGAGGGAAAAAAAUCAUUUAGAAACAUUUUUAGGAGUUUUUUGGGUGUUUUGUGAACGUUUGAAAAAAUAUAUAUAUAUAUACACCAGUGCCGAUUGAGCGAGUCAGCCAGCCGGGAAUGAGGAAACUUUGUGAUAUAAGCGGGUGGUGGCCAGUGGUGGUGGCCGCGGUACUGGUGGGGGGCGCACCCUGGGCCCUGGCUGUCCCUAAGCUCUACGACGGUGAUGGCUUCUCCAUCUCUCGCCCGUACUCGACUAACGACGUCUACCCAAACGAAUAUGUCUACUCCGAUCCUGAACAGCCAAAGUUCUCCAAGGCUGCGGUUCUCAACAUGUCCCAGAUGACCGACUUGACGGAGUUGAUAAUGGCUUACGCCAAGGAUAAGACGAUCUGCGAGUACCAGUCCCUACGAGACCUCUUCACGGGCCAGGAGACGAGCACCAAGGCCAUUUUGUGGUGGAGUAGAAGAUGCAAUGGACGCCGCGGGAAAACUGUCAAUCAACCUCCAGCCACACGGACAGAAAGUACGUUGCUAAGAUACCGUCGCAAAAGUUCAGACCGUUCGGGUCCGAAACGCAAGAGAAACUCGGACCUGUCAGCUAACGAUCAGAAGAAACUGCAAGCCCUGCUGAGGGACAAAAAGGUUCAGUGCAACCCGAAGAAGGUGGUGGUGGAGCUGCCCAACAGUGAGCCCCACGCGGUCACUCUCAAGCCCUCGUGUGUGUACAUCAAGCAGUGUGGCGGGUGCUGCGACUCUCACUACCUGGAGUGCCGCCCCACGCAAACCAAGAACAAGAGGUUCAAGGUAUUGGCGAUAGAGAAGCGGACGAGCGCUCUGGCAGGACCCCAGAUUUUCCGAACCAUUACUGUCCAGGAACAUAAGAAGUGUAGCUGUGAGUGUAAGGUCCGUGCUGAACACUGCACAGAGAACCAGAAGUAUGAUGCAAACGCCUGUAGCUGCUAUUGCCCUCCUGAGAAACGCAUGAAUUGUCCCAGUGGCAAGGUGUGGGACGAGAAGCAGUGUGGGUGUGUGUGCAGUGAUGUGUCUGACUGUACCACUGGCAGGGUCUUCGACCACAGCACCUGCAGGUGUGCAGAUCCUCGCGUAUAAAGACCUUUGCCACUUCUAACCCAGAGUCAAAGACAGUGAGACAGCUCUCAGUGACUCAGCCGCAACUGACACACUCACUCACUCACUAACUCACUCACUCAUUCGACUGUUUUGUCAGUGCUAAUUGACGACUGGAGAACCCUCAACAAAAACUUCUGCCUCAGACUUCUUCAGUAACGGACUUGACAGAAUCUCACAGUACUAUCUUCGCCGGCAAAACAUUCCAGUGAACAUGGACACUCUGGAAAGAGUUCUUCCAAGUGUUGUAUCUUGUUCCACUUUCUCGUGUUCGGUAAGCAAGACGGAUGUGUAAAAACGACCAGAUUUUGAGUCGUGAAUUUGUUUCGCUCUCUGUGAGAGUUAAAACUUUACUUUUAUUAAAAGACGAUGUAUACAUUUUGUAAAGAUGUGUUUUCUUGUUUGCAUCUUCUGAAAUGUUGAUGUCUUACGAUAGAAAACUAUAUUUAACUUUAAACUUUGAAUAAGUAGUGUUAUUUUUUUUAAGUUCCAGUACAGUACACCUCUCAGACUAUUGACUAGCAUCUGUCUCACAACAUUAUAGCGACUGGUUGUUCAUCGUACACCUGUGAAAGAGAAAGUAUGCUGGUGUUUGUAUUGUGUCACUCUUGUGUGUAUGAACGUGAGGUAAUGCAAGAGUACCUCGUGUGGUGCCGUCUGCGUCCAGUGUGUCUUGCAUGGCUCAACAGGGCUCAGGACUGCCCUGAUGCUCAGCUCUUGACCCACAGCUGUCCUUGUCCACUUGCAGAUGUCUGAGGAAUUGAAUCGUAUUCCAGACCUCCGUGUGGAUGAACCUCCAGAUCUCGUCGCUCUCUUCCAUGGCCACAACACUACUACCCACAGAAGAUGAGCCACAUUUGUUUUAAACCAUCACUUAAGAGAACUUUUAGUGUGAGAAACAACCCCGAAACCACAGGAUGACCCCUCGAUGGAAUUAUAUUAAACUAAUGUCCCUACUGUGGAAAAUAUGGAAGAUAUUGGAAUCUAUAAAUAUUGAUUAAAAUGUUAGUAUGUCUUGUGUAUUGCACUAUUAUAUUCCUUACAGCUGUGAUUAAUUAGGUAAUAGGUUAUUUUAAGUUAUAAGAAGAGCCCGCUUGCUCGGCGGGAAAGCUGUAAAGUACAUUACUUUUGUGUGUUGAAUCAUUUAUUUUUUUCCCUAAAACUUGUAAUUUUCUUUAGUUUUCAUUAACAACUGGGUAAAGGUUGUGGCAGAUGGGGGCCAAUGAACAUGUAGUAACUGACUCUCUCACUGUUACAAGUACUAGUUCGGAGACCACAAUCGACUUGAGAAUGCUUCAGGACGGACCGAAACGUCGUCGUCUCUUCACCUUCUAGUGUGUGGUCUGGUCAACAUACUUUAGCCACGUUAUUGUGACUCUUCGCCUGCAUACUAGUUCGGACUUGCUCACUGCCACAAGCCUCCACCCAUGUGUGUAUACGGACUUCUCCUCCACUUUCGCCUGGCCAUCAAUAAAGUAUUUAUUGCUGAACACAAAUUGAUUACUAAACUGAAUAAGUGUAAGUGAAUCUUUUAUAGUAGUAUUUAAAUAUAUUUAUUGUAAUGUAUUUUUAUAUGUAGAAAUUUUGUUCAAGCUAAAACUUGAGUGAGGAAUCUUAGAUGUGUAACUGAUGGAUCGAGAUGUAUAACGUGGGAAUAUAUAUGUGCAAGUGAGGGAGGCGGGGGCCAAUACUCACCUAGUUGACGAGUAUUCGCAGUGUCUGGGAUGCUCCCGGACGCAAGUUCGAAUCCUCGUCACGGCCCUUGUGGAUUUGUUGAGCUUGCAAAGCAGGAUCUGCUCCUUGGUCCCGCCUCUCUACCAUCAAUCAAUUUGAAGGUGUAUUAAUGUAUGUAUGAGUGAAGAAUAGAGAUAUCUUGGAGAGGGAAAGUGUUGUGUUGCUAGUCAGUAGGAUACAGGUAAUAAUUUGAGAUUAAUGCACACAUAUUUCAAAUGAAGCCAUAUUAAAUAUUAUAAAGGAUGA